CGCUUUUACGAACGCAUGCUUUUUCUAUGUGCGCUUUAAACAUUGCUUAAAAUAUACUUAAUCAUUUGGUAUUAGAAACAAAAUUUUAUUUAACUGAAAAAGUAAACAAAUAUAAAAAUUAGCUUUCAAAAAUGUCUGUAGUUCCUGCAGUGGAUGUUCAAAAGUUGACCUCGGCUGACUGCAAAAGACUAGUCGGUUUCUACCUCUCGGAACUGAGGAGGAUUCAAGCGAAGCACAUGGAGUUCCUUAAUCAGAAGUUCACAUUCAUAAAAGCCGUGCAAAGGGACCAUCUCACAACAGGUGCCAAUCAUCCUUGCAUUGACUCAGUGGAUGCCCUGGAGAGAGUGGCGACUGGAUUGAGACAGAACGAGUGGUCCAAUAAGAUAGACGUGGACGUGGUCAGUCUACUAGUGGCCAACAUCCACGAACUCAACCAGAUUGUACAGGGCUUCCUCCAGUUGUACUUCCAGCUAAGGCCAUCAAUCCGGUAUGAUCUUUCAUCUUCGGAUCGAGACGCCGACCAGCUGAAGAAUUUCAUGUCCCCCCACACCAACGUGCUGAGUCUGGCACGUCGAUUCCAGCUACACCUCAACGACAGAGAAGAAGACCAAGUGGGGGGCAUUCUGAACCUCAUUCCAUAUAUGGUGCAGACUGCUGCUGACGUCACGACUGCAAUCAGUGCUCACAGUCAUGAUUUGGAGCAGGCGGAAAUUGAAGAAAUGAAACGAGCUCAGCAGAAACCUCCAACACCGGCUCCAGUUGUGCAGCCCCGGACACCAGUGCAAACGUGUGACGCCAACUCACAAGUGAUGGGCAAGGAGAUCUUCCAGGCGUCGCGAGCCAAGGACUCCGGCACCCAAUUGUCGGCCGAAGACUGGCGCAAGAUGCAAAUACAGGAGAAGAACCGCAACUAUGUUUAUGGCUUAGGACACUUCCCGCCAUUUGCUGUAGACAACUGAACUUGAAAGGAAAAGAAUCCAAGAUUAGACGGAAUAAUACUGUUUUAGAGAAUAUUUUAUGAAAUUUGAAAGAAACUGGCUAGAAGUUUGAGUUUUUUUGAUGCAUGAUAAUAAACAUAAUGAGUGUCUUCUGUAUUCUAACUUCAGAAAAAAUUUAUCACCUCAUUCUUUA